UGUCGGCAGAGAAAGCAACAAUGCUUAGGUAUGAUUCAUCAGCGGUUAAUCGUUGAGUUAACCCUCUUUUCCAAGCCACCCAUUGCUCUUGGCCACCUACCUUCUCUUUCCAACAACACACAACCAACUAUCCUCAAUAAGCUCUUACCCAAGUCACCAACAACGAUGUCUUUGUGUUCUUUGUUUAAUUGAAGAGCCCUGAAGCUUUUUUUCUGACCAAUAUUUCUGUUAUCAGUACAGUCACACUAGUUUAGUGAUUGAACUAAGAUUUGAUGGCCGGAGACCCACCAUCGGAAAUCCAAAUCAGAGUUCCCCCAAGGCAAGGGGGGAACAUGAUUCACCCAGUAGAGGUAGACACGGCACCAUUACCAUCUUCUUCUACUCCGACUCCGAUGAUUUACAGAGAAGUAAAGCAUUUCAAGAAAUGGUUUCCUUGGUUGAUACCCACGUUUGUCGUUGCCAACGUUAUUAUGUUCUUGAUUACUAUGUAUGUUAAUGAUUGCCCCAAGAAUUCUGUUUCAUGUGUUGCUGGAUUUUUGGGGAGGUUCUCUUUUCAGCCCUUCAAAGAAAAUCCUCUUCUUGGGCCUUCUUCUUCCACGCUAGAGAAGAUGGGUGCAUUAGAUGUGAGUAAAGUGGUCCACAAACACCAGGGCUGGCGCCUUAUCAGUUGCAUUUGGUUACAUGGCGGAGUUUUCCAUAUUCUGGCCAAUAUGUUGAGUCUUUUAGUUAUUGGCAUUCGGCUUGAGCAAGAAUUCGGGUUCGUUCGCAUUGGUUUGUUAUAUAUCAUCUCAGGACUUGGUGGGAGUUUGUUGUCUGCUCUAUUCAUCCAGUCCAAUAUUUCUGUUGGUGCUUCUGGUGCACUUUUUGGAUUACUGGGAGGCAUGCUUUCUGAACUCAUCACUAAUUGGACUAUCUAUGCUAAUAAGGUAGCAGCAUUAUUGACCCUUGUGGUCAUCAUCGUUCUCAAUCUAGCAGUGGGUAUCCUUCCACAUGUUGAUAACUUUGCUCAUAUUGGAGGAUUUCUUUCUGGUUUUCUUCUUGGAUUCGUGUUUUUGAUCCGCCCACAGUUUGGAUGGGUUAGCCAAAGAUACGCUGCUCCUGGAUAUUCUUCAAUUUCAGCUAAACCAAAGUUUAAGAUGUAUCAGUGCAUCCUCUGGGUUGCUUCUCUGAUCCUUUUGAUAGUUGGGUUCACUGUUGGCCUGGUUAUUCUUCUUCGUGGGGUUGAUUUAAAUGAUGAAUGUUCUUGGUGCCAUUAUUUGAGUUGUGUUCCUACUUCGAGGUGGAGCUGCAACACACAGCCGGUUUCAUGCCUGGCUGAUCAAACUAGUGACCAGCUCACAUUAACAUGCUCAAGCACCGGAAAAAGCAAGACAUAUGCAUUGUCAAAUGCCACCACUUCUCAGAUUCGGGGGCUAUGUUCACUGCUUUGUCAUUGAUUUAUAAGAAUCAUAGGGAUUGAAGAUGCUACUACUAGUUGCUGUGAUGUAUUAAUUCAAAUUAAGAAUUUUGAAAAACGCUCCUCUGUUGUUGUCUCUAGUUGUUUCAUGCUAUUUCUCUGUAAAUUUGACUUCGGGUGAUAUAAUUUUACAUUGAUUUCUUUGAACUAUACGGGUUUAUCUGAUC